CUGUUUCCGGAAAGGAGAAACCGAAACCGAUUCUGGGAUUCGUGUUUGUGUAAUAACUAAAGUUGCUCCAAAGUACGUAGAAUUGACAUCAUGGGAGCCGUUUUAGGUGUUUGUUCUCUUGCGAGUUGGAUUCCAUGUUUGUGUAGCAGUGCCACGUGCUUGCUUUGUAGGUGCUGCCCUUCAACUAAUAAUUCCACCAUUACACGGCUCAUCUAUGCCUUCCUUCUCCUCCUUGGGACAAUUGUUGCCUGUAUAAUGCUGGCACCUGGAAUGGAAGUGCAGCUUAAAAAAAUACCUGGAUUUUGUGAAGGCAAUUCUAUUUCCAAGCUUCCAUAUGUGCAUGGCUAUGUGAACUGUGAUGCUCUGGUUGGCUAUAUGGCUGUGUAUCGUAUCUGCUUUGGAAUGGCUAUGUUCUUCUUUGUCUUCUCGCUGCUUAUGAUCAAUGUGAAAAAUAGCAGAGAUCCCCGAGCAGCAGUGCACAAUGGGUUUUGGUUCUUCAAAGUAGCUGCAAUUGUUGGAAUCAUGGUUGGUGCAUUUUACAUUCCAGAGGGUCCUUUUUCUCGAGUGUGGUUUGUGAUUGGAACUGCUUGCGCCUUCUGUUUCAUUCUCAUUCAGCUGGUGCUUCUGGUGGACUUCGCUCAUUCCUGGAAUGAGUCUUGGCUUGACCGAAUGGAAGAAGGCAACUCUAGGUGCUGGUAUGCUGCAUUACUGUCCGUUACUGUACUGAACUACAUCCUGUCAAUAGCGGCUGUAGUCCUUUUCUUCAUUUUCUACACUAAGCCCGGUGACUGUGCUCUGAACAAGUUCUUCAUUAGUUUUAAUAUGAUCCUUUGUAUUGCUGUAUCUGUGACAUCAGUACUACCAAAAGUGCAAGAAGCACAACCUCGUUCUGGGCUCCUCCAGGCUUCUGUUAUCACACUUUAUACUAUGUAUUUAACAUGGUCUGCAAUGACUAAUGAACCAGAACGAACCUGCAACCCUAGCCUGUUAAGUAUUAUUACACAGAUAUCUUCUCCAACUAUAACACCAGUGAACAAGACAUUCAUUCUGAAAACUAGUGAUGCACCAGCAACAACUAGUCCACAGUGGUGGGAUGCCCAGAGCAUCAUUGGACUUGCCAUAUUUGUUGUCUGUAUUUUAUAUUCAAGCAUACGUUCUUCCAGCACCAGCCAAGUGAACAAGCUGACACUGUCCACUAGUGAUAGCGUGAUGUUGGAUGAUACUGCAGCUGGAAAAAUUGUUGAUGAGGAAAAUGAUGAUGGGGUCCGUCGUGCUGUAGACAAUGAGAAAGAUGCAGUUCGAUAUAGCUACUGCUUCUACCAUUUCAUGUUGUUCCUUGCCUCCCUAUAUAUCAUGAUGACACUGACUAACUGGUACAGCCCUGAUGCAGAUCUCAAAACAAUGCAAAGCAAGUGGCCUGCUGUGUGGGUGAAGAUGACAUCGACCUGGGUUUGCCUUCUUCUGUACGUCUGGACACUUAUCGCUCCAAUUGUUCUGACUAAUCGAGAUUUCAGCUAAAACAAUUUGUUUCCAUCUUUGAGGUUUUCGGAGAAAAUGUUUUGCAAAUGCCAUAUAAGUUUUAUAUAUUACUCUGAUAUUUUAAUAUAUUGCUUUAUUUCUCUUGAUAGCAUUUAUUGAGCAUAUCAUCCAAAAGUGUAAUUGUGUGUUGGGUUGCUGUUGCCUUGACAUAUUAAGGCAUUCUUGUUAAAGGCACUUGCACUGUGGGCUUUGUGGGUAGUGUUUUUUCAACAGGACUGCAUAAUAGAAUAUUGUUAAAGCCAUAUUUCAGGCAAAUAAUUUGAUCUGUUUUAAUUGAGUAUGUCAUACAGGUGCAUAUUUCCAGUGUGUUUAAAAAAAAAAAAAAAAGAGCAAGAUGGGAGCAAUUGCUUAUUUUCCAUGCCAUAAUAUAAUCCAUUGCACAGAAUUUUGUGUAAGCAGGACAGUGCUGUUUCACAUCAAAUUCCCUUCUAAGACCCCCCCCCCCCCGGCAGCACAGUAGGUCUGAUCAGCACUCUUCCUGUUGUAACUCAGUGGCCUCUGAUUAACAUUCUUUCUGUUAGACUUGAACUAUUUUAGUAGUACAUUUCAUUCUUUGCUGAGAGAAAUGUAAAAUUCAAAGUGAAAAAAAGUUUGAAAUUAUGAGAAGUGAAUACCUCUUCAUAUUGUAGCUCUCAGGAAGCAUAAAAUGUUAUAUUUCCACCAUACUGUUGGCUGAGACAUUUGGCAAAAGAAAACUCUGAACUGUCUUUCAACAACCCAUAAUUUCCAAAUCAAAAUAGGCUUUCAUAGCAAAGUGAACUUGUUAAAAAUUAAUUUAGGCGGUCGUAAUUUAGUAAAUGUUUGACAAAAGAGUGCACUGAAUUGUUUGAAGAUGGAAAACCUUGGUGCGGGGGGGGGGGGAUUUUGUGUGAUGUUUUAAUACAAUUUAAACUCCAGUAUAACGCUGUAACUGGAAUGCACAUACAGUUUGUCCGUACGAGUCCCCAUACAUGUUGAAGAUAAAUUGUAGCCCACGUAGAAGAUUUGACUGGACAUAAACUUUGAAUUUUGAAGAUCACUUCAGUUGCCUUUUCUUGUAUAUGAACCUCAUGUUGGAUGCACAAGGCUGGAAUUGAGCAUUAGGAGUGGGUUCUUAAGGUUCAGAAUUUUCCUCUACAGCUUUCCACUUAUCCUAGAAAAAAAAAGUUACCUUAAAGCAAAGCAGGACAAGGUGAACAUGAGUUUAAUUGCAUCACUUUGAUUAAAGCCAUGUCAGUAUCAUCCUUUCCAGGCUCUCAUCUGUAUCAGAUCCCAUAUUCUGCUCUUGUUUGACAAAAACAGAAUUCCCAAUCUAAGAUGAAAUCCAUUUGUGUUUAUACAUGUUUAAGAAGUCUGCAGUAGCCUCCAUAAUCUUCCAGCUAUUCAUAAUGACAUUGUGCAUGUUUUUGAAGUAGCUAGAAAGCUUUUCAUACAUGAGACUCGCAUGGUGUGAGGGAAAUAUUUCUCUUUUUUUGGACAGUGUCAAACAUUCUCUGCUUAUUUGAAACACUACAUUUCAGACUUUACUAUGCUUUUAUGUGUUAUGAUGAUAUUAGUUCUGUAAUUAGUUUGGUUAGAGGUAACCUUUAAUUAGCCAAACCAAAAGUCUUUAAGGUUUUUCUCGUGUGUUUUACAGCUUAAACCAUCAGUAAUGGACCCUCUUCCUCAUUGUCAUAUUACUUUUGUAAUUGUAAAGGUUGCUUUGCUGUCCUUAAUUCCUGCAAUUGCCUGUUGUCUUAAAUGUCUGUUUUUGAAGAGAAAAUGGCAACUAUUUAUGGCCCACAUUUGGGAAUGUAUUAUUCAUGAGCCAGAUAUUCCAAAUUCGGUGUGAAUGACCACUUUCAUGGCUGACUUGUGAAAACAUUAAGUUACUACUUGUGUGGGAGUGCAAGAGAACCAUUUUGAUAAUGGUCAUGGAAAAUGUCUCUUCAGUGCCAUUCAGUCUCUCACUCAGAGAAGAACCAUUCACUCGUAUAAUAGGAUUGGUUGUACCAGUUCCAUCCAUAGAAAAUCUAGUAAUGCUUAAGUCUGCAAAAUGGAUCUCAGAACUGCAAGCUGUAUCUCUCAAGCCUCUGUGACAUUCCAUAAAGAUAAAUGCAUCUUGAAUUGCAUUCCAAAACUGCAUCAGUUUCAAAUCUAAAUAGAUGAUUAAUUUACCAGUACUUUACACCUUUUUCGAAAGUGGAGGUCAAUGUCUGCCUCAGACUUUCAAGAGGACCAGUCUCAGAAUGUUUAUCUCCUUUUAAAGGACACAGAGACAUAAAAUGCCCAAAUGAGGGUUUACAAAGUGGCAAAAGUACAUUUUAAUAAAUUAGAAUUACUAUCAAAUAUCUGUCUAUGGCAGUAAAGAUUUUUUACAUAGGAGCUGUGAUGAAUUCAUUUACCUUUCUUACCUUGAGCGAGAGUUUAUGCAUCUGGUAUUUAGUCAUAUGUUUAUCAAGCAUUGUAAGCUAACUGGACUUUCCAGAUUUCAUUUGGCAGGGCCAUACCAUGCGAUAUGCCAGCCAUUGGUAUAUAGUUUUUCAUUGUGUAUUGUUUUUCUUCUAUUUCCUGUGUGCUUCUGGUCAUUACUUGGGACUGUAGCUCAUGAUUUGGAUUUCUUGCUAGAGAUGCCACAAAAAAUAUAGAAAAGUUAAAGUACUCUCAGUAUCAUUUUUAUCUUUGUGGAUGGUUCUUGCAGUAGAGUUGUAUAUUUUGUUUUUCUAAUUAAAGUGCCAGACUUCUGCUGCCUUUCUGGAGUUUUGCAUUUGUGAUGGCUAUAUCCAUAUGAGUUGUUCUUGGCAGCUGAGGAUGGUAUAUUGGUGUCAAUAAGAAUGAGCUGACGGAAAUGUUGUGCAACCCACUCAUUUUAUAUACUGACAGUAAUGAGGUCUUCUCUAGCCAUUAGCUAUUGAGUGUUAGAGUACCUGAUACUGAUGCUUGUGGCAGAGACCCCGGUCAAAUGAUACAAAUUUUCUGAUAGACAUUUCUGUGAGGUUGCAUCUUUAUUAGCUGCCGUAAUUUUUUAUUCUCUUUUCUUGGUACGUUUAAACACCAUUUUCUGCACCGUAUGUAUAAAUCAUCACUGAAAUUUUUUUUUUCCAAGUUCAACUUUAUUGAAUUACUUAAGAGUUAAACUCUUAAAAAAACGCAAAACAAGAAUGACCAGUGCAAAGACAGAAAGUUAAAAGAAACAAAACCAAAAGCGUAUAUCAAGAUAAUGGAAUUAAAUUUAUAUAGAAUAUGUUAUUGGCUCAAUAAUCAGGAUGUUACAGCUUAGACAUAAAAAAACUGCAACACUUCAGCUGCACUAGUAGCAUUAUAAAUAUGGUAACUUAAAACAGUAUAAAAGUACAUGUAAUGUAAUAAAAUUCAUCUCAAGAGUCAUAUAUCUGGAAAGGCAGUGGAUCUUUAUAAACCACUCGGUGGCCAGCUGUUAAGUGUCAGCUGUACAAUUAACUUAGACAUAAGAUGUACACUGCAAAAUGGUCAGCAGUCAAAAAAAUGUUAAGCCAAUGAAGUAGAUUACGCAGCAUAAUUAGCUCUGUAACGUGAGAAACCUUUAGAACCACAGGAAUUGUAGGACUCCAUAAGCAGCACAACACUUCUUACUGAUGUUUUUCCCUUCAGCAAUAAUGUGUUUAACAUUCUCAGAAUUCUCCUAAAAAAGAUAUUCAUAGAUGGGCAGCAUUCAUCAGUGCUAUUCACAUGUCCAGUGACACAUCAAGACAAAUACUUCUAAGGCACUAGCUGUAUUGUUUGCCUUGAAAAAAUACAUGGUCUACUCCCGCUGAAGGAAACUAUCCAAAAAGUCCACCAAGCUCUUCAGUCCAGCCUUCAGACUACCAAAUAUGUAAAGUCUCCUCAUUCCUCAUCAAACUACUGCUUUACAAGAAAGCAUUUCUGUACAUAAACUGCAGAUCAUCCUGAAAAUAACAGCCUCCAACCUUAAUCAAAACCCCAAAAAAGUCUCAAGAAUUAUUGCACAUGUGAAGUUGAGAGCAUGCCAACAUACACAUUCUGGCAACCAAACAUUGCCAACUUGGAAAGCAUUGCUACAUACCUAGAAUCAUUUGCAUUGGUAUAAUUUCACACAUUCCUGCUUUACUCAUGAAUUAGUCAUUGUUUUUUUCUAAAACUGUACUCUGGCAGUAGUCUGUGAACACACGGGAAGCUAAAGAUAGAUGUAUGAUAACAGUGAAGUCAUUAAAUUGAAAAAAAAAGUGGCUAGCAGGAUAUUUUGGUUCAGUAAAUGUGCUUAGAUGCUCAUAAAUGUGAUGUCUGUAGGUGAAAUCUAUAAACGAACAAAACCUUUUUCCAUUUAAUUGCACUAUAUUUUAUAAAUUGUCUUUAAGGUUAAAGCAGUCUUUCUUUUUAAAUCUUAUCUGUUUGCACUUUAUGUUAUGUGAAUCACUGGGCUUUUUCAGUAACCAUGUGUUUUUUAUGUAUUGUUUUAAAAAAAAUGACACCUGCUCUUAAAUUCACUGAGAGAUAUUUAGACAUUUCCUUAUGUUGUGAUUAAAAUCAGUACUAUGUUAUAUAAUUUUAAAUAAAUGAUAUGAUUGUUUA